AUGGCUCCAAGCCGCUUCAAUCCAUCGCAGAUCAAGAACAAAAUAAAACGAGAUGAGAUUCAUAGAGCCGCAAAGAGGGAAAAGAAGCAGGCAAAGUUGAAGAGGCGACUUUUGCAGGCUGAGAAGGAGCGAAGUGAUCCUGAGGCGAAAAAGGAACGGUUGGCUGCGAAUGUCCCAAAGACGCAGGACAAUAUGCGCGAAUACGACCCCUCCAUGCUCACUGUCAACCCGACGACACAGAACACUACCGAAGACGCAGGACACAAUGUUGAUCCCAACCAAGAAGCGAACCUUGACAUGGACAACGAUCCGUUUGCUUCGUACUUUGACUCCGACGCCGAUCCCUCCAUUCCACCAAAAGUGUUGAUAACUACGAGCCCAAAAGCGACAAGAACGACAUACGACUUUUGCGAUGAGCUCGUAGGAAUCUUUCCCGGCGCAGAGUUUAUAAGACGGAAAAAGGGGAAAGGGUUUGAGAUUGGCGUUAUCGCUGGAUGGGCCGCUGGGAGAGGAUACGGAGCAAUGAUUGUGGUCAACGAAGAUAUGAAGAAACCGAACGGCAUCACUCUUAUUCAUUUACCUCAUGGGCCGACGGCUUAUUUCAAGCUCACUUCCGUGCAAUUGACAAAACAAAUCUUUGGACAUGCCAGAGCGACCCCUCACAAUCCAGAGUUGAUCCUGAACAACUUCUCAACACGCCUUGGACACGCAGUAGGAAGGAUGUUCCAAACACUAUUUCCAAGACUACCAGAAUUCGAGGGCCGGCAGGUUGUGACCCUUCACAAUCAGCGGGACUUUCUCUUCUUUCGACGCCACAGAUAUGCUUUCCGCUCUCCUGAAAAAGCAGCUCUACAAGAGAUUGGUCCACGCUUUACACUAAAGUUGCGGUGGCUGAAGAAGGGCCUACCUGCAGUGCAAAACCUGGGUGCACCACCCCCGAAACUACAAAUUGCAGACGAAGAAGAGGAGAAUACAAAGUUGGGAUCGAAUCCUAUUAACGCGCCUGCGACGGAUGAGUAUGAAUGGCAGUGGCGGCCUGAAUUGGAGCCAGUUGAACUGCGUAUUGCUGCGUCCCUGACUCUUUUGGACAUGACCACGUCCUCGCCACCAAAGGAAGCUCUUGCCGCACUGACGCUGAGUGCACAACCCGACGAAGAAUCGAACCCAUGGGCCGCAAAACCGACUGAGGAAACUCGUGAGGAGCCUGUAAUCCUCGCCGCGACAGGUCCGCCACCGCCUGCGGAGGAGCCAGUGUUUACACCUGCAGUCACGCCUCUUGUCGUCGAUCAGAACGUGCUAAAGGAGUUUGAUCCUCUCGCAGACAAUGAUGAGAAAGCUGCUCAAGAGGCCUGGGCAUCUGCCGAGUCGCAUCCACCUCCGAAACCAGAACAGCCCGCUAAUAUGUCUGCACCACAGACACCUAUACAUUCCAAACCUCUCCCAGCAGAUCCCGAAAGUCCUACGAAAGCAGCGCCAACUUCAGCCUCUGCGUUCACCAACACUUUCGCCAACCUGGCCCGAACGUUUUCGCGGCCGCGCUCUUCUGGACCAGACACCAUUCCAUCGUCCAAUCCUCGUACUUCUGUAGAGAUCGGCAGGCCUGCCACUCCGCAGACACCGGUCCGAUCCGAUUCGCGAGCCAAACCUGCAGACGGCCAGUUUGAUUUCCAACGGUUUCUUGACCAGCUCAAGACGAAAAGUGCCGAGCCAGUUUCACAAUAUUUGAGAAGCUUCCUGAAUCACUUUUCGAGACGGACGUUUACUGUUCAAGAUCAAGUGAAGCUAGUGCAGCAGUUCUUGGCGUUUAUCGAACCAAAGAUGCGCGAGUGUAGCGUUUGGAGGAGAGAAACAGAAGAAGAGUUUGAAAACUCGAUGGAGGCCAUGGAGAAGCUCGUCAUGAAUCGCGUUUAUGACUAUACAUUCACACCUCAAGUACACGCAUCAGGACGACAGAUUACGACUGACGACCUCGAAAAGGACCACGUACUCUCCCAGCGUAUUCGAUUAUUUGGAUGGGUCACAGAGAAGCAUCUCGACAUCCCGGUAGGAGAGAAUAAUCAGGGGUUUCUCAAUUUUGCAGAGCAAGAGCUCCUAAAGAUCAACCAUUACAAGGCACCUCGCGACAAGAUGAUAUGUAUAUUGAACUGCUGCAAAGUUAUAUUCGGUUUACUGCGUCAGCUGAAGAACGAACAAGGAGCUGACGCAUUUGUCCCUGUCCUGAUAUUGGUCGUCCUUCAAGCAAACCCGGAGCAUCUCCUCUCAAAUGUUGAAUACAUUCAACGGUUUAGGAGCCCAAGCAAAUUACAGAGUGAGUCUGGUUACUACUUGUCGAGUCUAAUGGGAGCGGUAUCUUUCAUCGAAACAAUGGAUCAUACUUCAUUAUCCAACAUCACCCAAGAGGAAUUCGAGCGCAACGUGGAAGAGGCAAUCCAGAAUCUCCCUGAAACUCCCAAUGUGAUUCCUCCGACACCAUCCGAGGACUAUAAUGACGGUCUGCCGGAGCCACCAAAGACUCCAAGUGCAGCACCUGCACCGGGCGAAGAAUCCGCUGAUGCGCUCCAAAUGCCAACCCCAGCAUCCGUCGCGGAGGAUACCAGAAAGUUUCUGCAGCGUACAGGGACACUAGCACAGCAAACAAUAUCGAAACCAUUGAAUGCGAUUGGCAAGCUUCUGAGCGAAGCUCUCGAUGGCCUUGACGACGACAAUAAUAACCGGAGACGAGGUGAAUCGAGUCAAUGGAACAACCCUGAACGGAUACAACAGUACGCCGAGGAUCCUCGUACUCCCCAACGGGGAACUGCGCCGGUCCCCAUCAUGCAAGCACCAUAUAAGACCCGAGUUCGACCGGGGUCUUCAACACCGUCCCCAAGUCAUACACCAUCUGGACCUCCAGCUCUACCACCUCGGCGAGGACCAGAUUACUUUGCACCGUAUCCAGGUGUAACGGCAGAGCAUCGCGGGACGCCAUCGCCAGAGGAUCAGAAUCGGAACCUCGCAGCCGAAAUAGGAGCCAUCGAAGAUGCUCAUAGACAAGCCGCACACGAGACCAUUGUUCAGAUAUUCCCCACGGCAGAGCCGGAAGUGAUCGACAUGGUUCUCGAAGCAAAUGGGGGCGAUCUGGGUCGAACGAUAGACGCAAUUUUGGAGAUGAUGUCUAGUGGUUGA